AUGAAGCCACUUCGUUGUUUAUCCACUUUAGUGGUGAGUGUUAUUGUGCCAGCUGCUUUUGCUUUGGAAGAUGUAGACUUCAACCAAAUGAUCCCACUGGGAACAAAUCACAGUUCUUCCAAUGCAUCAUUUCUUCCAAGUUUUGAACUCUCAGCAGAUUCCCACUCAGGUGAUGAUGUCAUUAUAGCCAGAGAGGGAACUAGUGUUUCAAUCAAGUGUCUUCUCACAGUCGACCACUAUGAACAGGUCUCUUGGUACAACUCAAAAGGACAGCAGCUGGAUGACAGAGACAGAGGUGGAAAAUGGUUGGUUUCUGAUAACUUCCUGAAUAUCACCAACGUAGCCUUUGCUGACCGUGGGCUCUAUACGUGUUAUAUCACCUCUCCAAUCCGUGCCUCCUACUCGGUCACCCUGCGUGUCAUCUUCACCUCAGGAGACAUGAGUGUCUACUACAUGGUUGUUUGCCUGAUUGCCUUUACAAUCACUCUCAUCUUGAAUGUGACACGGCUGUGCAUGAUGAGCAGCCAUCUUCGUAAAACUGAGAAAGCCAUCAAUGAGUUCUUCCGAACUGAAGGGGCAGAGAAACUCCAGAAGGCCUUUGAGAUUGCAAAACGCAUCCCCAUCAUCACCUCGGCCAAGACUCUGGAACUCGCCAAAGUCACGCAAUUUAAAACCAUGGAGUUUGCUCGUUAUAUCGAAGAACUGGCAAGAAGCGUCCCUCUGCCACCCCUUAUUCUAAACUGCCGGGCCUUUGUAGAGGAGAUGUUUGAGGCUGUGCGAGUGGAUGACCCUGAUGAGAUGGGAGAGAGAAUUAAAGAGAGACCUGCCUUGAAUGCGCAGGAUGGCAUCUUUGUCAUUAACCCAGAGAUGGGCCGGAGUAAUUCACCAGGAGGAGAUUCAGAUGAUGGUUCCCUGAGUGAACAAGGCCAGGAGAUAGCAGUUCAAGUUUCUGUCCACCCUCAGUCAGAGACGAAAAGUAUUGAUACUGAUUCUCAAGACAGCAGUCAUUUCAGCCCGCCUGAUGAUACAGGAUCUACCAAAUCGAACUCUAACUACAAAGAUGGGUCAUAUGAAAGCUGCCAGCUGUGA